GAGAGCGACAUGGCGGCGCGCCCAACCCGCGCGGCGGCCCCGCGGCCCGGGCCGCGCGAGUAGGUCGCCAUGCGCGAUGCGGUAUGAGGCAGCGCCGCGCCCGGCGGGCCGGCCCCCGCUAGCGGCGCCGCCCCCGCCAUGCGAGCGCCGCCGCUGCUGCUACUGCUGAUGGCGGCCGCGGGCCUGGCCGUGAGUCCGCUCGCGCGCCUCAACCCCUGGCUGAGCGCGUGCGACCUGGAGGAAGAGGGUGCGGGCGAGAUGCGCGACCGCGGGGGCACGGCGUGCAGCGGCAGCGGCGGCGCGGCCGAAGCGCUCACGGAGCGCGACGUGCCGUACCUGUGCGCGCUGGAAGCCAGUGAACGCGCGCGUCGUCUGACGAACCUGCGACUGCGCACCUGCUGCGAGCGUUCGCCCGCUUCCGUGCUGCAUCCUGCCGCACGCACCGACAUGCUCAUCGGCGGAGAGCCCUGCGAGCGCACGCUGCAUGAAAUCCUUGGGCUAGACGCAAUGGUCGCACGCGUGCAUUACGACUUCGCCGACAUCCUCGGUCGUUACGAUUGCGACCAGGCCUACUCCGUUCACUCAUGUUACGAGUGUCAGGAAACGUAUCGUCGAUGGGCAUGCAGCAUGAUGGUGCCGCUGUGGGUAGUAGACGGAGCGGAGGAGGCCGGCGAGGAGGAGAGCAGACCACGGCGGGCGCCCGCAGAGCACGCGGUGCGGUGGCGUGCAAGGCACCUUGAGCGCGUCGGGCACCUGGACAGGCGGCGCGGCGGCGGCGUGGUGGGACGCUGGGUGCGCGCCGCAGCCGCAGGACCCGGCCGGCCCCCCCUUCGGCUUAAACCUUGCCUCUCGGUCUGCCAGCUUGUCGAACAGCACUGCCCCUACUUUCUACCGGCAGAUCGUGCGCCCGCAUACCCCACGCAAUACGCUGGCGAACCAACCUUCUUAUGUCUCGAUUCACGCAUUCCCGAGACUGGGGCUCAGGCGAACAAGUCCAACUACGGAAGGGAGGAUUGUUGUUAUUGGUAUUGCGCGUCGGGGUUAUGUCACAAGUGCGAGCCGGGGCUGAUCGAGGCGCCGCUGCCUCGUUCUGAGCAAUGCGCGGCGGUUGAGGAGCGCGUCCCCACGUGCUCGGUGCCCUAUCAAGCGCCCGCCGCGGCAGCCGCUGCAAGCUCCGCCGAAUCCCUGUGCCCUCUCUUACUACUCCUCGCACUCGUGCUAAUAGUUAUUACGGCACAAUAUCGGACCCGUUGGACCGCCAUCACGUUUCUAGUGAAUAUGUGCGUUUCGAAGUUAUAGUUAUACGUUAACGUGCGUAGCACUCGCGUCGACUUACGCGAUCGUCGGAUCGCGACUAGAACUUCUAAUAGUGCUGAACUUAUGAAAAUUAAUAACGUGCGGACAAAAGUUCGAUGAUCCCUGCUUCUCGCGGUGCCGAUAACAGAUCGGCCGCCGCGAGCGAAAGCAGGAAUAGACUGUAAGUUAAUAUUUAUACCUAAAUAACCGGUUAACCCGCGACAGAAACACCAAAUUAUUUCAAUCGAUAAUUUUUGUAAUAACUCAAGUAGAUGCUGUAAGCCGACGUUCCGGCCAUUUGUUUUCGGCAUUUAUGUAUGUUUGUAUGUAAACGAGUAAUAAAUAGUCUUAUGUUAAUUUACACGAUGAUAUUUAUUACAUGAAGUUUGAAAUAUAUAAUAUAUAUAUCUAUAUAUUUUACGAAGAUCAUUGUUCAUAGACAUGCUAUGUUUUCUAAUAAUUUAUAUCAACAGAAACAUUGUUCGUAUCACUCAAUUACAAUAAUUAAAACAUGUGUGGUGAAUAUUGCAUUUCUUAGGGAUCAGGCGAUGGUUAUAAUUUAUUCCAAUAUUUUAUUACAUAAUGACCAACAUUUAUGUGCAGUUAAUUAAAUCAAGCACGUUCUUAAAUUACAUUAACCUUUUUGUUAUGACUUUAUUGUCACUACAAGCAUAUAGAUAUCUAUCGAUUCAGGGUUUAUAAGUUGCAUAUUAAUCCAACAACAUUAUGAAAAAGUUCAACGUUUUGAGAGAAAAAAAAUAUGUUUGGAAUAUUCACUUAGUCUAACUUAUUUACACAUAUUUAGUGAGUUUAUUGUGAAUCUAAGAUCGGUUUUAUUAUGUUUAUGCUAAAAGUGUAUUUCGAAGAGGUUUCCACCUUCUUUUUUUCUGUAGAGAUCAUCUCGAUUUAUAUUAGCACGUAUAUUUUUCCGUUUAUUGUACUGAAAUUGUAAUAAUCAAAGUAUUAAAGUUUUUGUUCAUAGUCAUAUAAACCAUAAAGUUUAAUAUUUUAUAUUACUAGCGAAUGAGUAACGAAAACUAUGAUUUUUCUAAUACCCUUCA